UGUUUUCCAUAGUCGUGCGUCAAUAAUUUAUUUGCGUCAAAAUCGAAUUUGGUAUUGGAAUUCCUGUGUAAUUUAAUAUAAGAUUUGCAUUGCGAAAUAGAAUUGCACGUACGUAAUUUUACAAUGUGAUUGUGAUUAUAUCAAGCGUUUCCUCUUCCGUUUAUUUGAAACUGCCUGUUAAUAGGCGGGUCUCGCCUUACAGUCGAAAGUAAAUAAAAGUGUAAUUCAUGAGGUUCUUAAUAGAGUUUAUAAUGCCUCCGUUGAAAAUAACGAAGAACCUGUCGGAGGUGCCUAAAAACAACAACAUAUUCACCGAGGAAUGCGACAACAGGACGGAACACACAUGUAGGAGCUACCUGUCCAAAGUUGUAAACAAUUUAAAUUUGUUGAGAUUAAACAGACGGUUCUGCGAUGUUGAUAUUGUAGCUGGAGAUAAAAUUUUUCAGGCUCACAGGGCCGUUUUGGCGGCCAGCAGCCCCUACUUCCAGGCCAUGUUCACCGGCGGCCUGUGCGAGACGGACAAGCAGUCGGUCGAGUUGCACGGCCUGUCCGCCUACAUAUUCGAAAUCCUCCUCAAUUUCAUUUACUCGGGCGAGGUGUGCAUCAACCAGAACAACGUCCAGGAGCUGAUGAUAGCGGCCGACAUGCUGGAACUCAGCGAGGUCGUCGACGGCUGCACCGAGUUCCUCAUGAAGGAAUUGCAUCCACUGAACGCCAUCGGAAUUUACAAUUUCAGAUUUGCGGAAGACCACAACUGGAAGCAACUGAGGAACGCGUCGAUAGACUAUAUAGAGAAGAACUUUCCGAAAAUUUGCAACGAAGACGAAAUUUACGAGCUGGACAAGGAGGAGUUCAUCAACUUCCUCCGGUCGGAGAACCUGAAGAUCGAGUUGGAAUACGAGAUAUUCCAGGCGGCGAUCAGAUGGAUCACUCACAACCUUUUAGAGAGGAGACAAUACGUUUUCGAAAUACUGAGACAUGUGCGACUACCCUUGAUCUCACCUGGUUUAUUAGAGAAAUCGAUAGCGCAAUGUACUGACGGCAGCUUAAAAAUUGCCCUGAGGUCAGUACACUCUGAUCUUUUGACGCAGAAGGGCUGCCUGGUGCCUUUGGAUGUGAAACCAAGGAAAUGUGCCAAAAAAGACAUUUACGUAAUAGGAGGAUCUAAACGAGAACUCCACAGUGUAUGGGACAGGGGUCUGGAGAUGGAUUACGUCUCUAUCGAAAAGUUUGACACCUUGACAAGGGAAUGGACAAAAGUGCCUGACAUGACAGUCAAUCGUUUGGUGCCAGGAGUGGCGUCGUUGAACGGACACAUUUACGUUGUGGGUGGCGAAGAAGGCCCCAAUAUUUUGAAGAGCUGUGAAAGAUUCGAUCCACAAGAAAACCAAUGGACGUCGGUGGCGCCAAUGCUUGUGUCACGCUGCGAAUUCGGAUUUUGUGCACUAGACGGCUAUCUAUACGCAAUGGGGGGUUGGGUGGACACCGACAUGAGCGGCAGCAUAGAAAGAUACGAUCCGAAGCUGAACGAAUGGGAAUUGUAUGGUAGCCUGCCUGAGCCUAGGUUUAGUAUGGGUCUGGUGUCAUACAAAGGUCUUAUUUACAUGGUUGGGGGAUGUUCAAUGAACGAUCGGAAUCUCAAGGAUCUUAUGAGCUACAAUCCCAUCACAGGCGAGUUUAAAGUCUUACCGUCAAUGUCCAUAGCCAGAUUUCAGAUGGGCGUCGCCGUUUUGGAUGACUACCUGUACGUAGUGGGAGGUACAAAUCGUCAGGAUGUACUUAGUUCCGUAGAAAGAUACUCAUUUGAAAAGAAUAAGUGGUACAAAGUGCCUUCGUUGAAGGCGGCACGCAGCGGUCCCGCAGUCGCCGCAAUGGACGGCCGCCUCUACGUAAUAGGGGGCGCCAAGACGCACGCCACCCCCUUCUAUCGUGCCCAGUGCACCAUCGCCUCAGUCGAGUGCUUCGAUCCGCACACGAACUCGUGGAGCGAUUGUCCGCCCCUGUCGGAAACUAGGGCGGAGGCGGGCGCCGUGGUUAUAUGAUAAAAAUGCGAGGGCGUGCGAUUACUGGCGAAUGAACGGUAGUGCGAACGCGACGGAUGGCGCUAACAGGCUGGCGGAACUAUGUGGGGGUAAGGCUUUAGGGACGGUAAUGUAAACGGAUUUUCAGUUUUCUAAAAUCAAAUUCGUUUGUCUAGCAUUAGUUUUUAAAUUUAUUUUAGUAAAUUCAUAAAGUAAUUGUAGACUAUAUUUUUAUGUAAUUUACCUUUGGCCUGACUUAUUCUUUUAGUUCUAGUUUAUUAAAGCUGGAAGAAUAUGUCAGGGUAAAAUCACAGAAAAUAUAUAUUCCUCUCUCUUUACCGUCUGUAUCAAACCACCAUAUUGUAGAAAACUGAAAACCACGUUUUCAUAAAUACUGUGAGGAUUCUACUCUUGCAGUUAUGUAAUAUAAAUUUGAACAUGAAAAAUACCUCCCAAUGUUCCGGUAUAACUACGCUACAAAACGACAAAAAUAUUAUUGUGAUUAAGAAUAUUGAAUUGGCAAACAGAAUUGGUAAAAAAAUAACUUUUUAACAGGAACAAAAAGCUUUAAGACAAUUAAAUCAGAGAGUGAAAAAAUUUAUAUGUCCCGAAAGUCGCGUAAUGUAACAUUCAAGUUUAAAUAUUUACAAAUUAUUCUUUGACUCACUGAUUUAAUUAGAAGUAUUUAAAAACCAGUUGUAAUAAAAGAACAUUUGAACUUGAUUAAACAGUAGGUUAUGAUGCCUUCUGUUUAAUCAGUAAAGAACUUCUAGUCCUUUGAAAACAUUUAUUUCUCAUACCAAAGAAAAUUGAUUAAACCAACUGUAGAUAAUACAAUAAACUUAAUUUAGUCUUUACAGAGUGAACAUUUUCAAAAUAACCACUAGGGUAUGUAAUAGGUAAUUUGUUAAUGUUUUUGUUUGAAAAUAGUCUAUUUAAACAGGAUAUUUCCUUUAUUAUAACAAGCUUUAGAUAAGCUUCUAAUCAGUACAGCUAUGACAAAGCUUUAUCAAUACUAGUACUGUAUAAGAAAUGCAUGUGAUACAAGUUUUUAUUAAUAUUUUGAAGUUACCACAUGUCCAGUACAUGUUUUUAUACUAAAUUGAAUUUCGAUACCAGAUUAACUGUAUUAAGCUUCUAUUCAAGACUAAAACACACAUUAAAAACAAGUGCUUGAUGCAGUUAAUUAUUUUUAUUUAACUAGUCAUGAUCUUAAUCUCCGUUUUUUAUUAAUUUUGUGUACGAACUUAUUUAAGUAUGUUAUAGAAUAUAUUAUUGAACAAUGCUGAUGCUGCGUCUAAAUGAUGAGCACCAGUUAUGUUUUUAUAAAAAUCUGCUUUGCUUUUGUGUAUGAACAAAUCGUUGGUUGACCAAAUAUGCUAAUAAAAUAUCCAGAACACA